AUGAGCUCCGUCUCCGCUGCUGGCGCCGUCGCCCGCAUCGCCGCGCUCGCGUCGGCUACCCUCGUCAACGUCGCUUCUUCCGGCAAGGCCUCCUCCUCCGCCUUCUCCUCCGUCGUUGACAAGGCCGCUGAGCUCAACGCGCAGCUCGAGCUCGAGCAGCUCAACCAGCAUGUCGAGCUCGGCUCCGUCUUGACCCAGCUCAAGCCCACCGGCAACGGCCUCAUCUCGGUCCUCUCCCACCUCCACCAGCAGACCUUCACCCGCCUCGUGCCCCACCUCCCCAAGCUCGUCAACACUCCCCUCGUAUUCCACGUCGCCAGCGCCGGCGAGCACAGCGAUGUCAUGGCCCUCCGCCAGUCCGGCCUCAUCCUCCUCCACUCCUCCACCGCCGCACAGGCCCACGACCACGCCCUCCUCGCCACCAAGAUCGCCACCUCCGCAAAGCGCGCCGUCCUCCACUUCUUCGAGGACGUCUCUGGCAACGUCGAGGAGGUCACCAACGUAGACCUCGCCUCCUUCAUCGGCUCCGUCGCCGCUUCCUCCAGCUCCGACUCGUCGCCCAAGCUCAACGGCAACGCACACGCCAACGGCGUCAACGGCCACGCCAAUGGCACCAACGGCACCAACGGCCACGCCAGCGCCGCCGCCAGCGAGGCCGGCUUCGACGACCUCGAGUCGGCCAUCGACGCCGCCUACGAGGACGUCGCCGAGCUCGUCGGACACGCUGUCGAGCCCUUCCAGCUCGUCGGCGCCUCGGACGCCACCAACCUCGCCGUCGUCCUCGGCGCCGGCUCCGAGGUCCUCCAGGACUACACCGCCCCCCACAACGACCUCGCCGUGCUCGACGUGCGUCUCGUUCGCCCCUCGUUGCCCCAGCGCCUCCUCGACGUCAUCCCCGCCGGCGUCAAGCGCAUCGCCGUGCUCGAGCAGAGCAUCAAGAGGACCACCAAGCUCGGCCCUCUCUUUGUCGACGUCGCCACCGCCUUCCAGGGCUCUGAGCGCGCCCUUCCCUCCGUCUUUGUCAGCGGCACGCUCGGCCACAUCCAAGACGGCGACAAGACCGCAAAGGAGCUCAUCAAGGCGCUCGAGGCCUCCAAGCCAAAGCACUCGUUCGUCGUCGGCGACCUCAAGAAGCUCGCUGCCCGCGCACAGGCUGCGCCGGCGGCUGCCGCAUCCUCCGCCCCCGUCAGCGUGCCCAAGCACGAGGAGGCCUACAACCUCAUGCUCGAGCAGGUCUUCACCGACCGCCUCUCCGUCAUCAACUCGGCCAACGAAGACUCCGACGACCACCCCGCCGCUCGCACCCCCGAGUACGCCUUUGGUCAGGUCCUCGCUCAGCUCGAGCAGCGCGACCAGCUCGUCCGCGCCGUCAACGACGUCCUCCGCGACGGCGGCGUCUCCACCGAGCUGCACGAGGCCCUCUCGCAGUGGCUCGUCGCCAAGGCCGACGCCAAGAAGAACGUCGCUGCCAGCAACAAGGUCGCCUCGCUCCUCCAGUCGUCCGCCUCGGCCGCUGCGCUCGACAAGAUCAAGUCGCUCUCCUCCCACCUCGUCCUCAAGAGCCGAUGGAUCGUCGGCAGCGACGCCUGGGCCUACGACGCCGGCAUGGGCGGUGUCCACCACGUCAUCGCUUCCGGCCGCAACGUCAACAUGCUCAUCUUUGACAGCGUCCCCUACACAAAGCGCGACGCACAGGCGGCUCACAAGCGCAAGAAGGACAUCGCCCUCUACGCCAUGAACUACGGCAACGUCUACGUCGCCAGCACCGCCAUCUACGCCGACUACACGCAGGUCCUCCACGCGCUCAUGGAGGCCGACAAGUUCGACGGCCCGUCCAUCGUGCUCGCCUACGUCCCGUACCGCACCGAGGAUGCGCCCGCGCUCGACGUGCUGCGCGAGACCAAGCUCGCCGUCGACUCGGGCUACUGGCCUCUCUUCCGCUGGGACCCCAGCGCAGAGGCUCGCGGCUCCGACGUCUUCCGCCUCGACGGCGUGCGUCUGCGCGAGCAGCUCCAGCAGUUCCUCGACCGCCAGAACCUCUUCACCACGCUCGUCAACUCGCGCCCCGAGCUCUCCUACGACAUUGCCGCCUCGCAGGGCAACGCGCUCCGCGAGCUCCAGCGCCGCAAGGCCAAGGAGGCCUACGACAAGAUGCUCGGCUCCCUCGACGGCCCGCCCCUGCUCAUCCUCGUCGCCUCGGACGGUGGCAACGCCGAAAAGGUCGCCAAGAAGCUCACCGCGCGUGCCAAGGCGCGUGGCGUCGCCGCUCGUCUGCUCACCAUGGACGACUACCCCGUCGCCGACGAGCUCAAGGACGAGAAGAACGUCGUCUUCCUCACCUCCACCGCCGGCCAGGGUGAGGCGCCCCAGAACGGCCGCUUCACCUACAAGGCGCUCCACGCCAUGCCCGUCUCUACGCUUCCCGACACGGUCAACUUCACCGUCUUCGCCAUGGGUGACAGCCACUACUGGCCUCGACCCGAGGACGCGCACUACUACAACAAGCCCGGCAAGGACAUCGACGUCCGCCUCGAGCAGCUCGGCGCCACGCGCAUGGCGCCCAUCGGUCUCGGCGACGACCAGGAUGCCGACGGCUACCAGACCGGCUACAAGAUCUGGGAGCCGCUGCUCUGGAAGUCGCUCGGCGUCGACACGGUCGAGGUCAAGGAGGCCGAGCCCGAACCCAUCACCAACGAGCACAUGAAGAUUGCCUCCAACUACCUCCGCGGCACCAUCAAGGAGGCGCUCGAGGACAAGUCGACCGGCGCCAUCCCCGAGACCGACGGCCAGCUCACCAAGUUCCACGGCACCUACAUGCAGUACGACCGCGACACGCUCGAGGAGCGCAAGGCCGCCGGUCUCGAGCCGGCGUACAGCUUCAUGAUCCGCGCGCGCAUCCCCGGUGGUGUGGUGACGCCCGAGCAGUGGGUGCAGCUCGACGACGUUGCCGAAAAGUACGGCAACCAGACGGUCAAGAUCACCACGCGCCAGACCAUCCAGUACCACUGCGUCGUCAAGAGCAACCUCAAGGCGGCCAUGCAGGGGAUCAACAAGUCGAUGCUCGACACGAUCGCCGCGUGCGGUGACGUGAACCGAAACGUCAUGUGCUCGCCCAACCCGAACCUCACCGAGCUGCACGAGGACGUCUUUGAGUUCUCCAAGUCGAUCUCGGAGCAUCUGCUGCCUCGCAUGAACGCCUACCACGAGAUCUGGCUCGACAAGGAGACCGACAGCUCCAAGCAGCUGCUCGUCGGCGGUGUGCUGCAGGACUACGAGCCGCUCUACGGCCCUUACUACCUGCCGCGAAAGUUCAAGAUCGCCAUUGCCGUUCCGCCGCGCAACGACACGGACUGCUUUGCGCACGACAUUGGCCUCAUCGCCAUCGCCGACCCCAAGACCAACCGCCUCGCCGGAUUCAACCUGGCUGUCGGAGGUGGUAUGGGUGUGACGCACUCGAUGAAGGCCACCUACCCGCGUCUGGGCAGCGUGAUCGGCUUUGUGACGCCCGAGCAGACGCUCGACGCGUGCCGCACCGUGAUGCUCAUCCAGCGCGACACGGGCAACCGUGCGAACCGCAAGCAGGCGCGUCUCAAGUACACGAUCGACAAGCACUGGGGCGGCGCGGACAACUUCAAGGCCGAGGUGGAGCGUCGUCUGGGCUACAAGCUGGGCGAGGCGCGCUCGUACAAGUUUGAGACCAACACGGAUCUGUACGGCUGGACGCAGGACUACAAGGGCAACUACCACUGCACGCUGUGGCUCGAGAACGGACGUGUCAAGGACGAGCCCGGUGCGCCGUUCCGCACGGGUCUGCGCGAGCUGUGCAAGAUCCACAAGGGCGCGUUUAGGCUGACGCCCAACCAGCACAUUAUCGUGUCGGACAUUGCGCCCGAGGACAAGGACACCAUCGACGCGCAUCUGCGCAAGUACAAGAUGAACAACUGGGAGCACUCGGGUGUCAAGCUGAGCGCGAGCGCGUGUGUGGCGUUCCCGACGUGCGGUCUGGCGAUGGCCGAGUCGGAGCGCUACCUGCCGCUGCUCAUGGACAAGGUGGAGGCGAUCUUUGAGGCGAACGGGCUGCGCUCGAGCGAUACGGUGUUCCGCAUGUCGGGCUGUGCCAAUGGCUGUUCGCGUCCGUGGAUGGCCGAGGCGGGCUUUGUGGGCAAGGCGCCUGGGCAGUACGUCAUGACGCUCGGAGGCUCGCACAACGGCACGCGUCUGUCCAAGAUCUACCGCGAGUCGGUCGACGAGAAGGAGAUCCUCGACAUCAUGAACAAGCUCGUGCCCAUGUAUGCGCAGAACCGCAUCGAGGGCGAGUCGUUUGGCGACUACGUCAUUCGGGCGGGCGUCAUCAAGCCCACCACCGAGGGCAAGGCGUUCUACGAAGACAUGUGCCCCUCGGACGUCGUGCCGCCCUCGGCUGCUGCUAAGAAGGGACCUGCCCAGGCCACCGAGCACUACGAUCGUGCCUCGUCGGCAUAG